AUGGAUCUCGACGAACCCGUCUAUUUCGCGCAGCAGGAGAAGGUCGCAGCCACAAUUCUCUGCUGCAACUGUGGUGCUGCUAUCGAUGGAACACUAUCGGCUGGAGCCCUGUGCUCGGAUUGCAUUCGUCUUACUGUUGAUGUUGCCGGAGGUGUGCAACGAGAGGCAGUGAUUCACUGCUGUAGGGAUUGCGAACGGUGGUUGCAGCCCCCCAACAGCUGGGUUGUCGCAGCUCUCGAGUCAAAAGAACUACUCGCCAUUUGUCUACGCAAGCUCCGUGGCCUAAACAAAGUCCGAAUUAUCGAUGCCAGUUUCAUUUGGACGGAGCCCCACAGCAAGCGACUGCGUUUGAAAAUCACUAUACAAACGGAGGCCUUCCAAGGCACUAUCGUGCAACAGCAAUUUGAGGUUGAAUAUGUUAUUGCCAAUCAACAGUGUGCUGGAUGUCAGAAAUCGUACACGCAUCACUCCUGGGAAGCAUCGGUACAAGUCCGGCAGAAGGUCCCUCACAAGCGGACAUUCUUGUACCUGGAACAGCUUAUCCUCAAGCACAAUGCCCAUAAGGAUACCGUUAAUAUCAAAGAAGUGCACGAGGGCCUUGAUUUCUUCUUCGCAAAGAGAAAUGAAGCCGAACCCAUUCUCAGUGUUCCUUCACGUUCCAAGAAGAGUCACGAAUUAAUUUCCAUGGAUAUCCACACAUCUAAUGCCAGCUACAAAUUCAAUUUUAGUGUCGAGAUUAUCCCUAUCUGCAAGGAUGAUCUUGUUGCUCUACCGAUUAAGGUGGCCCGCUCAUUGUCUGACAUAAGCCCGCUCGUUAUCUGUAACCGGGUAGGCACGUCUAUCAAUCUUUUGGACCCUUGCACCCUCCGGACAACCGAUCUUCCUUCUGGCACUUACUGGCGCCAGCCAUUCCCCAAUCUUGCGGAUACCACCGAGCUUAGGGAAUUCAUUGUCUUGGACAUUGAAUCCACCGGCCACUCUAAUGGUCGAUACCUCCUAUCUGAGGCUACAGUUGCUCGUGCUUCAGAUCUAGGGUCUAACGAUACCACCUAUUUCACACGGACUCACCUCGGUGGUGUUCUACACGUGGGUGAUUCUGUUCUCGGGUACCAUUUGUCAGGAACCCAGUUCAACAACGAUCAAUUCGAAGCAAUUGAGAACAGCCACCAAUACAGCUCAACAAUUCCGGAUGUGGUCCUUAUCAAGAAGCACUAUGUCCGCAGCAAGAAGUCCAAGGCCCGCAGCUGGCGUUUGAAGCGCAUGGCUCGCGAGCACGAAGAGGAGGCGACUGCCGCUGUUGUCAAUGUCCCCACAACCAAGCGCCAGGAGCAGGAGCAGGCUAGGAUGGAACAAGAUUACGAGAUGUUCUUGCGUGAUGUUGAGGAGGAUCAGGAACUGCGCCAAACCCUUGAUCUGUACAAGAACCGCCAGUACCAGGUUCGGGCCGACCAGAUGGAUGAGGAUGGUGAUGAUGACAUGGAUGAUGAGGAAGGACACGCCGUGCCGAAAAUCAACAUGGAUGAGCUCCUUGAUGACUUUGAUGAGUUGAACAUGCAGGACAAUGAGUAG